CGAAAAUGGGCAAUCGAUAUUCCAGCAGAUAUCGAUGACAGUGGAAAAACUACAUGAUUAAAAGUUUGAAACCUUCUAUUGAAAUGAACAGCAGUACAUUUCAAUUUGUAAUUGUAAAUAAUUUUGAAACAAUUUAAUUGUUUUCAAAUGUUUGAGUAUUUCACUCGAUGCUUAUCACCUAUCCAACUAUCGCUAUCGGUACUGUUGCAUGACUCAUCUCUAACAAAAAGACAAAACAAAAACUGCUAUUGGUAGAUUACUUGGUUAAAUUGGACAUAAACACUGCCAUUUAAACGUUUAUAAUGUCUUAUCUGACCAAUUUUAACAAUGAGAGUGCCAAACAAAUACUUAUGGACAUUAUACGAUGUGUAAACCAGCCGGAAAACUCAAAGAAACUCUCUGAAGCAAAGGCAUCAGCUGGAAAAGAAAUGAUUCUGAUGAUGCAGCACGUGUUUCCCUUGGUGAUGCAGCUUCAAUUGGAGGUCAUCAAGGGUCAUGGUUUUCCCGGAAACCGCGAAGGAUUAGUUCAGUUCUCGCAACUCAUUCGGGAAAUGGAACGCGACGACAUGGAAAUUGCACGCCUGCGCAGUCAGAUCCGAGCUAUUUACUUGCCACCCAUAGCUAUAAAUACCACAAACGAUAUCCUAAUCUAAGCGGGAGGUAAAUCCCGAAAACAAGACUGCAACUCUGGCCUGUUUCGGGGCCUACAAUAACUUUACUGUAAUAGCUUAAAAGACUUUACUAUUAGCUUUUUCUUUAUAUUGUUUUUUAAUUUUAUACUAAAUUCAUUAUAAAAAAUCUUGUUUACUUACAUAUAUGUAAAUUAUUUACACAAUUAGGAAUAUAAUUACAAAAAGAAAACACAUUUUUUCAUUAUUUAAAUAUAAUGGUAUGGUAUUUAAACACACGGUAUGCAUUAAAAAAAAAAAAAACUCGAAAGACCUCUUAUUACUUUUAACCCGAAACAGGCCCAUAUAAUAGACUUAAGUUUGAUGUUCUUAUAAAAUGCAUUUCUUUCGCUAAA